UUAGGGGGGGCGGUUGCGUCGGUAGUCUCCGUCACUCCACUCAUUUGCGCCUACACCCAUGUGCAUUAUUUUGUAUUCAUGGCGAAACAUCUCAGACAUUGAGAAAGAAGCACCUGUCAUCGUGUGUUCAUCAGUCCCAAAAAAUACACACAUUUUUUGACUUAGGAGUUUUUGUGAAAUUAAUUUCCUGUCCGGUGAUACAAAUAUUUAUACUGUCUAUAAUUCAUAGACUCAUUUGUCUUGGCUAUUGGUGCAAUCAAUAAACCACCGCACGGUAAACUGGAUUAAAGACGAAUUGGGAUUUUGUAGAUAUAUAAUACCAAAAGACGUAGGUUAAGGUGCUUAACUCAUCGCACACCAAUACAUGGGAUGCAUAACGUGAACCAAUUACGAAGCAGUCAGUUUUGAGUUGGCGACGUUAUGAGACAGUAGUCUUCACACGAGGAGGCACCAAGACGAGCGGUGCGUUCUCUCCAGGAUUGACAGCGAGACCCAGUGCCUAAGUGCAACGCAAUUGAAUGUUAAUUUUGGCACACAGUGACUUUCUCGUACCAGUGUGGAUGCAGAUUCAUUAGAAGAAGAGGAGCAAUUUACGAUCUGACACUCAAUCCACUGUUAAGAAGCCGACUGAAAUUAUAAUUUUUAUCUCUUGCAACAGUCGGAAGAGGGUCUGACUUUCCCCUGCCACUUCAAACAGAUGGUGCUGGUGGCUGUCUGGUAAAACCAACACUUCACCCUUCUACGGUCAGCUCUGCACAGAGGUGUCCCGUGAAGAAGCUCCUGGGUGCGUGGAACAGAUCUGAGACGCACGCCGUCUGACUGACCGACCCGUCGCCGCCUGCCGCCAUGUUCCUGACACGCUUUCUCGCCCUCGCUCAUCCCUUCACCUCCUGCUUAUCCACCUCCCUCCUCCUGGUCGUCCUCCUGGGCCUCACCCACCUGUCCCAGGUCAGCUCGGACCACGCUCCCAUCAGCCCCCCGGGGAACUGCUCCGAGGAGGACAGCUGCGCCGACGGCGUGGUUCUGCCCAUGUGGAACCCUCAGAACCCGUCGGUGGGGGACAAGGUGGCCCGGGCCAUCGUGUACUUUGUGGCGCUCAUAUACAUGUUUCUGGGGAUGUCCAUCAUCGCUGACCGCUUCAUGUCCUCCAUAGAGGUGAUCACCUCCCAGGAGAAGGAGAUCACCAUCAAGAAGCCGAACGGGGAGACGACCACGGCGACGGUGCGUAUCUGGAACGAGACGGUGUCCAACCUCACCCUGAUGGCCCUGGGCUCGUCCGCCCCUGAGAUCCUGCUGUCCGUCAUCGAGGUGAUCGGCCACAAAUUCGAGGCGGGCUCCCUGGGCCCCAGCACCAUCGUGGGCAGCGCCGCCUUCAACAUGUUCAUCAUCAUCGCCAUCUGCGUCUACGUGGUCCCGGAGAACGAGACCCGCAAGAUCAAGCACCUGCGCGUGUUCUUCGUCACGGCGGCCUGGAGCGUGUUCGCGUACAUCUGGCUCUACCUCAUCCUCGCCGUCAUCUCCCCGGGCGAGGUGGAGGUCUGGGAGGCCGUGCUCACCUUCCUCUUCUUCCCGCUCUGCGUGGUCCAGGCCUGGAUCGCCGACCGGCGCCUCCUCUUCUACAAGUACGUCCACAAGCGCUACCGCGCCGACAAGACCCGCGGGAUCAUCAUCGAGACGGAGGGAGACGGCAUGUUCACCAAGAUGGACAUGGAGAUGGAUGGCCAGGGGGUCAACUCCCACCCUAAGGAGGUCCUGGACGGGAUGCUGGAGGGGGUGGAGGAGGGCGGCGGGGGGCCGGGCGACAGGCCGGACCAGGAGGAUGAGGCUCGUCGGGACAUGGCCCGCACCCUGAAAGAGCUGAAGCAGAGACACCCGGACAAGGACAUGGAGCAGCUGAUCGAGAUGGCCAACUACCAGGUCCUGGUGCAGCAGCAGAAGAGCCGAGCGUUCUACCGCAUCCAGGCCACACGCAUGAUGAUCGGGGCCGGCAACAUCCUGAAGAAGCACGCGGCCGACCAGGCGCGGAAGGUGGUGAGCUGUCACGAGGCCAGCGGGCAGGAGGAGGACCCGCACACCAUCUACCUGCAGUUCGAGCCCACCCACUACCAGUGUUUCGAGAACUGCGGCUCUCUGAAGAUCUCCGUGGGUCGCCACGGGGGGGAGGCGGGCUGCACUGUCAAGGUGGACUACCGUACGGAGGACGGGACGGCGAACGCCGGCUCGGACUACGAGUUUGCGGAGGGCACGCUGGUGUUCAAGCCCGGGGAGACCGUGAAGGAGCUGACCGUGGGCGUGAUAGACGAUGACAUCUUCGAGGAGGACGAGCACUUCUAUGUGCACCUCAGCAACCCCCGCAUCGUGCACCGCGCCGAGGUCUCCGUCCUCCAGCCCAGCUCCGUCGCCAUGGGCAACAGCAUGGUGGUGGGAGGGGGGGGGGCGUCGGCGUCCCACGUGCCCCCCAAGGCCGCCCUGGGCGUCGCCCACACCGCCACCGUCACCAUCUACGACGACGACCACGCGGGCAUCUUCACGUUCGAGAGCGAGGCCAUGAGGGUGAGCGAGAGCGUGGGCACCAUGCAGGUCAAGGUUCACCGGACGUCCGGCGCCAGGGGGAAGGUGGCGGUGCCAUACCACACCGUGGAGGGGACCGCCAGGUCUGGAGAUGACUAUGAGGAGGUGGCCGGGAAGCUGGAGUUCCAGAACGACGAGACCAUGAAGCUGUUGGAUGUGAAGAUCAUUGAUGACGAGGAGUACGAGAAGAACAAGACCUUCACCAUAGUCCUGGGGGAGCCGGUGCUUCUGGAGGUGGGCCAGAAACAUGGGGACUCCAAUGAAAACAAGCCUGUUGUCGUGGGUGACGAAGAGGAGGUGGCGAAGAUGGGCUGUCCUAGUCUGGGGGAACACACCAAACUGGAGGUGGUGAUCGAGGAGUCCUAUGAGUUUAAGAACACAGUGGAUAAGCUGAUAAAGAAGACCAACCUGGCCCUGGUGGUGGGCAGUAGUAGCUGGAGGGAGCAGUUUGUCAAUGCUGUCACUGUCAGCGCCGGUGACGACGACGAGGAAGAGAGCGGCGAGGAGCGACUGCCCUCCUGCUUCGAUUACAUCAUGCACUUCCUCACCGUGUUCUGGAAGGUUCUGUUUGCCUUCGUCCCGCCCACAGAGUACUGGAACGGCUGGGCCUGCUUCUUCGUGUCCAUCUCCAUCAUUGGUGGUCUGACAGCUGUGACCGGUGACCUGGCCUCUCAUUUCGGCUGCACUGUGGGCCUCAAAGACUCGGUCACCGCUGUGGUGUUCGUGGCCCUGGGCACCUCGGUUCCAGACACCUUCGCCAGCAAGGUCGCUGCCAUCCAGGACCAGUAUGCCGACGCCUCCAUUGGCAACGUGACCGGCAGCAACGCCGUCAACGUCUUCCUGGGCAUCGGCGUGGCGUGGACCAUAGCUGCCGUCUACUGGAGGACAAAGGGCAAGACUUUCCACGUGAAUCCGGGCUCGCUGGCCUUCUCCGUCACCCUGUUCACCAUCAUGGCGCUGGUGUGUGUGAUGGUGCUCAUGUACCGCCGGAGGCCUGGCGUGGCCGGGGGGGAGCUGGGGGGACCACGGACCGCCAAGCUCAUCACCUGCUUCCUCUUUGUCUCUGUCUGGUUCCUGUACAUCCUUCUGGCUUCUCUGGAGGCCUACUGCCACGUACCCGGGUUCUGAGCGAGGCGGCGGAGAGAGGAAGAGGAAGAAGAGAGGAAGUGGAGUCAUCUCUUCUACUUGCUGUUUACCCGUCUAACCCCUUCUCACUUCCUGUUGUCUAAAUGUACUUCUCCUGGGUGUUUUUAGGUAUUUGUAUUAUUGUCAUUUAUACAGUAACUGCUUGACUGUGGAGGUGUGGAUCCUGUUUACAGCGAUAGCCUUAGUCAUUGGAGCCUGGCCAAACCUGCCGGAUACCCGAGUGACAUCAUUGGAGGGCUCGUACCUUUAUCACACCUGAUUCUGGCUGUCUGCACAAGGAAGGGACCCAGGAAGGUAAACUACACCUCACUCUGCUCAGAAAACUCUGAUCUUGAACUUAGCUUUUGAGCUCUGAGGACUUUCAUUCACACCAGACCGGCCCCCCCACUCCACCGGUCCCCCACAGGACAGCCACCCCACUGGCCCCCCUCUCCACUGGCCCCCC